GAAGAUUUCUGAAUUUUUGGUCUGAUAAGGUAUUUAGCUCAUAUUCAGCAACAGAUAUACGAGAACAAAUGAAGCUACUCUUUUUCAUUGCAUUGGCUGUUCUUGUCGAGUAUGCAGGUGCUCAGUGCAUAGAUCCUUCAGACCCUACGUACGCAAAUAUGACAUUUUGUAACUCUACCUCGUGUUCUGGGAGCUGUAAUUCUGACAAUGGAUGUUCAUGUAGUAGUGAUUCCCUUCUGACCUGUGUCCCAACUCCAGGUAUUAAUUGCACUAACUCUAAGGUCCCCUGCUGUCCAGAUGGCCUAUUCCACAAUAUAACACAGUCCUGUUGCUCAACUUAUCCUUCCUGUGACCCAGAAUGUGCUACAGAUGAAGUUUGCAACUCAUUAGGAGAGUGUGAAUGUAAUAUCUCCCCAUACCGAAAUCUGACACUAAAGAAUUUUCAACCUACAGUCAAGUGUGAGUCCGACAUAAUUAUAGUCACAGUCAUGCAAUGUGAGCUACAAGCACUUGGUCUCGACUAUUCCACAGUUCACCUGAGGAACUCAUCAAAUGACCAAUGCACUUUUUCAUAUCCAGACUCCAUCAAUGGACAGAAAGGGAUGUCUGUCCAGGCCCUAACAGUAUCCAAUUGGUGUGGAAACACAGUGACGGGCGAUGACUCCAAUGUCUAUAUUUCCAACACCGUUUACAUUGGAAUCCUUGAUAAACCCAUCAUCACAACAAAUAAUAUCAGCUUUAACUUUACCUGUGGAUAUAAACGGACUAUGCAAACAAGUCUGAAACUGCCUGGAAAUAUUACCCAACAGACGGUAUAUCUGUCUGGAGCCAAUGGGACUGGAUCAUAUCCUGUUACCAUGGCUGCUUAUAAAAAUCCAUCAUUUACAGAACCAUAUGAAAAUAAUGAAGACGUGACUGUUGGGUCAAUCAUCUAUGUGGGAAUAUUUGUGACAGGCGCUGAUGGAAGUCAAUAUGUUGUCCGGGUAGAAUCAUGUGUUGCAAGUCCUACAGAUAAUCGUAGUGAUGUAAAUGCUUUUUAUCUUAUAAAAGAUGGCUGUGUCCAGGGAACUGUUCCCACAUUGGUGUUAGAUAAUAGCAAAGCAUUAGAAGCAUCUUUCAGCAUAAGCGCAUUUCAGUUUCAAAAUCAGGCCUAUGUAAACCUUUUCUGUGAUGUACGUUUGUGUGACAAGACCACUGAAACAUGUUCUGGGUGUGGCGGUGCUAAAUCCUCCAAAACAGCUUCUAAUGAAGUAAAGAUAGGUCUAGCCCUUGGCGGUAAUUUGGACUUUGUGGACAGCGCUGGAAAACAUACAGCUGCAUCCUGGGCUCUUCUGGCUGGAAUUCAACUAGCUAUUGUGUUUAUCAAGUUCUUCUAAGAACAUCUAAAAUCACCUUUUUGUGGUCAGCCACAGCAUAUAUACUAAAUUAAAUCUGAAGGCAAAUCAGUUUGAUUUUUUUUUCUGUGCUGGACUGUGAUAUUGAAUUCUAUUGUAUUUAUGCUCUUUGUAUGGUAUGUCUUGCUUUUAUGAGGUGUCUGUCCAUUCUAGUGUCUGAGCCAGGAGCUAAAAAUGUUGUCUUGUAUCGCAGAAGAAGUCAAGAUGCACAUACAACAAUAUUUCUCAGACCACAAACCCACAGACACUUCCCAGGCAAUUACAUGGGAAGCUCACAAAUGUGUGAUUAGGGGUGUUCUCAUUGCAGCCGCUGCCAAACGUAAACGGGAAAGACAGAAGCAACUCACAGAACUGACCACCCAAGUUCAGAAGCUAGAGCGCGCUCACAAACAGGCGCAACUCCUUGACACAUACCAAUCCCUUAUAAAAACUAAACUGUAUAAGGGAUUGGCACUUUUGAAGGCACUAGGCAUAAAAAUAAAA